AUGAUUGAAAUGGUUAUUGCAACACCAGUCAUUUCAUUGGCGAGCCUCCUGCUGGUGGCGUGUUUGAGCCUGGCGGUUCAGGCGGCGUCUCCUCCCGAGAGUCCUGCCCCGGCAGCUCUCCUGGACACGGCUCUCCAACAGGAGGAAACGCAGGUCUUCCCUCAGCCUCUAGUGCACCUGAGUGACUCCUUCCAGCAGAGAGCCGCCGCCCAGAUCCCCCUCUAUGGGGACUCUGAGGUCGAUCUCGAGGGCGAAGGACGAAGCUUCGCCCCUCAAGGCGGUGUAGCCAGGCAGCACGGCAGCGCUGCCCCGGAGGCGGAACAGAGUCGAAUCCAGGGACAGACCUUCCGCCAGGGGCCCUUCUCCCAGGCGCGCAGGUAUGGCCAGACCUCUCACCGCCUGGAGGCUCUGUACAGCCAGAGGGAGAACCAGAACCAAGCUGCUGCGUCAUUCCAGACCCAAAGGUCACAGAGCAGAUUCUCGGGGUCAUCCUCCGAGGGCCGCUUCCAAGAAGACGAAGAUUCCAGGGCCUCUGGUGAGGGAGUGAAGCCAAGUGCCCAGAGGUCGAGCGCGUCCAGGGGCAGCCAGAAGUACAGGGCCGCAGACGGAGACCUGGAAUCCAUGCGAGUUGAAAAGGAAAUGGGCAGCUACCAGUAUUCCUAUGACAUCCGUUCCGAAGACACUGGUGACAUGAAGUACCACAAAGAAAGCAGGGAUGGCGACAGGGUGACCGGAGAAUACCGCGUCAGGGAACCGGAUGGCUCUAUGAGAAUCGUCCGGUACACUGCUGACAAGGACAACGGAUUCCAGGCCACGGUGGAGUAUAUGCCAAAGGAAACCGAUGAAGAGCCUGAAUUUGGCAUGAAGAUGUCCAGCAAGAAUCCCAGAACUCAGGGCCCUCGAGUAAGAAGCCAGAGCAGGAGGCCUCUGACGGGCCCUUCAGAGAGUCAGCCGGAGAAUUCCAAUAGUAAUUUCCGAGGGUCGGAGAGUUCUUCACGAGUACAGAGCGAGGCUUCAGAAGGCAAACGUGGUAGUGUGAACAGUGGAGGAGAUAUUGGUGUUCCCACAGCUGAUAGAGAUUUGUCCGUCUUUGUUUCCUCUCAGGCUUCUCAGCUUGAUUCAAGUCAACAGGAGUUCCAGUCUCAGGAUAUAGGCUAUAGUGAUAAUGCACAAGCUUCCCAGCAGCAGUAUUUUACUGGUCAGGAGAACGACCAAAACCAGAGACAAGUUCAACUGCAGUCUCAGUUACAGUCUCGGUUCAGGAAUCACUUCAAGGGCUCAAAAGAUAGCUCCUUGCAAAAUGAAAAUGAAAAUGCUCACGCCGGGGAACAGUUCCAGCAUGAACAAGAAUUUCAAAGCCAUUCACUGAAUCAGAAUCAGCUACAGACCCAAGUAGCCGGUGGAUUCCAGAACCAAGAAGUUAGAGGCUUCCAAAAUCAAGAAGUUGGAGGCUUCCAUAAUCAAGAAAUUGGAGGCUUCCAAAAUCAAGAAGUUAGAGGCUUCCAAAAUCAAGAAGCUGGAGGCUUCCAAAAUCAAGAAGUUAGAGGCUUCCAAAGUCAAGAAGUUGGAGGCUUCCAAAAGUCAAGAAGUUGGAGGAUUCCAAAAUCAAGAAGUUGAAGGAUUCCAAAAUCAAGAGGUUAGAGGCUUCCAAAAUCAAGGAGUUGAAGGCUUCCAAAACCAACAUGCUAACCAGUACCUGAACAAAUACAGAACUCGUUUCCAGCAUCAAGAAACAGACAGUUUC